AGGACCUUGUGUCAUGUGUGUGGUGCAGUCCAUCAGCAGAGAGGGGAAGUAGCAGGCAGCACACAGGCACUCCGACUACGUAACACAGUCUCUCACAUUCAGAGACACACGCGCUUUUGUGACCAGUGAAAUCAGCUCAUGAACAGACGUGGCUGGAGUCCUCUCCCACCAUGGACAACAAGUCAGAUGUAAAAGCCAUUAUGGCUCGCUUCCAGGCUGGUGGUACCUCAAUGGAAGCGGGGGCUGGGGGUCGUCCAAAAGCUGCCGUCCACCCCACAUUGUCAGGCCCCACAGUGCCAUCCAAAAAGCCUGUGCUGGAGACCAGCCUCUCAGGCAGUGCUGCUGCUAACUCCUCCACACCUAAACCCAGCUACCUAAAGAAUACAGUCUCCACCAAGAGUGCUCCAGAGGCACGGGAGUCCCCCAAACCAAAGGCCCUUGUAAGCAGAUUUGAAAACACAAACACAAACGAGGACAGCAAACCUCCUUUUGCCAAACCCCUCAAACCAAAACUGCCAGACUCGUCCCAAGACACUGAACAAAAGCCGCAGUUCCCCAAGGCACCACUGCACAAAGCUUCCACAAGCAUCACUGCACCAGACUCCAAGAACACAUUCCCUAAGCCGCCACCUGUCACAAGCAAGCCUUCAUGGGCUUCCAAAGCUGAGAACAAUGGAAGCAGCCCAAACACCGGUGCCGCUCCAAAAAUGCCAGCUACUCUCAAACCGAAGAGUACCAUCUCUUCGCUCCUGCAGCAGCCGGACGAGGCCAAGGAUGCAGACCCUCUUAAAAAACCAUUCAGUGGUGUAAAGCAGUCAAGCUUCCGUGCUGCUCAAAGUGUCUUUAACAAAACAGAAGAAGUGGCUAAAGAUGAGGCCAAAUCACUGAGUUCUAAAGAAUCACCAGCAUCAAACCCUGCAAUUGCACCAAAACCUAGCUACCGGAGGAAACCUUCUGGAUCCAGUAUACAGUCAGUAAAUGAUGAUCCUUCAGCCCCCAAAAAGAAGCCUUUACCUAAUAUUCUUGCCCUCGGCACUCCUCCAAGCAAACCAAACAGACCACCCAGGGUGAACCUUGAUAAGUUCAAGAAAGCUGCAGAAUCUUCAAAUGAAGGACCUGAAUUAAAGAAAGGAGGACCUCCUCCACCUCUAGCAUCUCACCCUAGCAGCCAAACAGCCUCAAACCUGCCACCCAGUUUGCCCCCUCGACCUCCAGGAGCCAUCAUACAGCCAGAUCAAGAUGAGAAUUAUGAUGAUGUUGGAGAACUGAAGGACUCAUUUAUGGGAAAUUCUGGGAGAGAUGGCGAGGGAAGUGGAAGUGAUGGGGACAUGUAUGAGGAUCUUGAUGAGAGAUGGUCUGCAGUAGAAGCAAGGGAGCAAGACAAGAAACGAGAGAAGGAAGAGAAAAAACGGGUAGAGCAAGAAAAGAAAGAUCAGAAGGAGCGAGAGAGAAAAGAACAAGAGGCGAGGAAGAAAUUCAAACUCACUGGACCUCUUCAGGUUAUCCAUAAAGUAAAAGCCAGAGUGGACUGUAAGGGAGGAAAGAAUGACCUCAGCAUUAAACAAGGCGAGCCUAUUGACGUUCUUCGGAUUAUAGACAACCCCGAAGGACGAUGGCUGGCCCGGACGCAGGAUGGGUCCUACGGUUAUGUAAAGACAGAAUCAGUUCAGAUUGACUUUGAUAAGCUGAGGAAUCAAGGCCUCUCCCUCCCCUCUCACAUGGACCAAGAUGACGGAGAGGUAUAUGAUGAUGUAGCCCCUCAAGAUGACCUAAAUAGAAGUAACAGUGGUCCAGGGGUUGUUCUACCUCCACCACCAGAGGGAGAUGGAGAUGUGUAUGAUGAUCUGGACGAUCCCAGCCUCAUGGUCAGCAGCCCGGAGAGCAAGUUUCUUCCCAAUCCUCUCAGCUUCUUUCGGAUGCUAAAAGUUCCCAUUGAGCGGAGAAAAAGCCCAGUCUGCAUUAAAGAGGUGCCUCCUCCUCCACAGUUCAACCAAGAUGGAAACACAGAUCAGUCAUCAGCACCUGGCUGUGAUGAAAUUUAUGAUGAUGUGGACGCCUUCCCAGCACCUCCUCCCCUCAGCAGUCUUCCUCAAAUGAAGCCAAAGGCAAAAGCUGAGGUUAAGAUAGACGACCCGAAGAAGCAGAAGAAAUUUGAAAAAGAGGAGAAGGAGUUCAGAAAGAAGUUUAAGUUUGAAGCAGAGAUCCAGGUGCUGUACCAGGUGACAGUUGGGUGCAGUAAGAAGGGCAGUGGGAAGGACCUGACUGUGCAGACUGGAGAGGUGCUAGACGUCAUCCAUAAACCAGAACAUGACAAACUCAUCUGCAGGAACAAGGAGGGGAAGUUUGGAUAUGUCUCAGUCGACUUCAUCCGGUCUGAGGAUAUUGACAUCUACGACGACAUUGGUGAUGACUGCAUCUACGAUAAUGACUAAGGAUUUCUGAAAACAUCAGCAUCUCUUCAUGCAGCUACUGGUCUUGUUUAAUUGUACUGUGUGACAGUUCGUGUUGGGCUUAUUUAUUGCAUGUAUAUAUGAGCGAGUGGCAGGACGCACUCAACAUGUGAUGCAAAUUGUUAGUGGCACUGUUUAUGUUUAACAUUUUAAAAUGUUGUUCAAGUUUUGCCUAGGAAACUACUGCAUUACUAUGUGUGACACAAGUAUUUAUAGAUACACCAGAAUCAAAAAGCAGUCAGGCUAGCCCCUCCCCCCACCACCUUAAUUUGGCAAAGCAAAAAUACAUCUUUUUAUAUGUAAUUUGAAUGACAUCUAUAACACCAUAUUCAUCGAAGAGGCAGUAUUGUGUUUGCCAUUUCUACUUUGGCCUAUGAUUUUUGUAUCCUGCAUUAUUGCACUGUACUGUUACUUUUUAAUAAAGAAUAUUCAACAACACA